AUGAGAAAGCGAGAAAGUUUAAGGGUUUUGGGAUUAGGGUUUGAGGGUCGGGUUAUCUUCUGGGUAUCGAUUUGGUUGGUGGUCUCGCAACAAGCGCAAGGACUGAGACCCAUAAGGGAGAAAACUCGAUCAUGGAGCGACGAGUGGCUCUUUGGUAGAAAACAAGAAAAUGGAGUAGGACCGUUUUCGGCAUGGAAUAUAACAGGAACGUAUAGAGGAACUUGGAAAUUUCUAGAUUCCGUUAAUAGCACUUCAAAGUUUCAAGACUUGCGAAAAGCAAACGGUAAUUCUGUGGUUGAGUUAGUAGCAGUUCCAACAAAGAUAACUGGUGUGCAUUAUGUUCAGGGCGUAGUUGUUUUCCAUGAUGUAUUUGACAAUGAACAAAAUUUGGGUGAUGCCCAAAUAAAUCUGGAAGGUGUAUAUAUAUGGCCCUUUAGACAACUCCGCCUUGUCGCUAACAGCGGCAAGGAGAGUGAUUCAGGGCAGGAGGACAAUAAUCUUCUCGCAAAUCCCUAUCAUCUGCUCGGAAUUUUCUCUUCUCAAGUAUUUCAAGAAUCUCCAAGAGACAGAAUGCUGAGACGAAAAAUUUCUGCAAUAACUGACACGGAGAAGCACUGUAAUAUCGAAAUAGCAGCCCAGAUAUCCCGUGUGGCUUCUAAUGAAAAUAAUGGAGACAAAAAUUAUUAUCACAUGGAAGGAUUGAUGGAAAGUCCUGGGGUAGGUGAUGACGGAGAUUGUUUCUCGCCUAUGUUAGUGAAUGUGACUUCUGUAAAUGUCGAGGUCUACUAUAACAAAGCUGUGAACUAUACACUGAUGGUCACUUUUGUCUCUUUCCUUCAGGUUCUUUUGUUAAUCCGCCAGAUGGAGCACGGUAACACACAAUCUGGUGCUGCCAAGGUAUCCAUUGUAAUGAUCGGGCAACAAGCAAUCAUGGAUGCUUAUUUGUGCCUUUUACAUCUAACGGCCGGGAUAUUAGUUGAAUCUUUAUUUAAUGCAUUCGCAACUGCUGCAUUCUUCAAAUUCGUAGUCUUUUCGAUUUUUGAGAUGAGAUAUCUUCUGGCCAUAUGGAAAGCGGCCCGUCCUUCCAACAGCGGGGAAGGGUGGGAAACAAUGAGGCGUGAACUGUCCUUUCUCUACAGCCGUUUCUAUGGGAUCCUUCUUGGGGGCAUUUUGAUAAUGUACCAGUUCCAUGACUACAUGCGGCCUAUUCUCCUUCUCAUGUACUCAUUUUGGAUACCACAGAUAGUAGCCAAUGUUGUCCGGGAUUCAAGAAAACCUCUGCACCCGUAUUAUAUCUUGGGCAUGACAGUUACACGGGUAGCUAUACCGUUAUAUGUUUUUGGAUGCCCACACAACUUCAUGCGUGUAGAGACCAACAAGAUUUGGUGUGUAUGCUUGUGCACAUUCGUGGGGUUGCAAGCUGUCAUUCUUCUUCUCCAGCAUUAUUUUGGUUCACGUUGCUUUGUUCCCCGUCAGAUGCUACCAGAGAAAUACAACUACCACAGAAGAGUUAAUCAGGACAUAAACCGCACCACUGAUUGCGUCAUCUGCAUGACUGCUAUUGAUCUCAGACAGCGUACCAGUGAUUGCAUGGUAACUCCAUGUGAACAUUUCUUCCACUCGGGAUGCUUACACAGAUGGAUGGAUAUAAAAAUGGAGUGCCCAACUUGUCGGCGUUCUCUUCCUCCAGCUUAG